UAUCCCCUCCAACCAUGGCUGCGAUCAACUUCUCCCACCAACUCCCAAUCCCUUCUCUGUGUCGUUCAUGCCCCCCAGGCAACAACGGUAAAUAAGGCUCACCCUGUGCUCGUGCAGAGCGCCUAUGCUUCGUGCACGGGGAAUGGGAAAAUAUUUAUAUUAGCUAUAAAGAAUAAAGAAAUGGAAGACGACCCAAAGAAAGCGUCGUCGGGCUGCGGUCUCCUGGUGCUUUACAACAACGUCUUCCGGCGGCACAAUGCUUCGUCGUCCCCCCAGCAACAGCAGGUCCCCUCGGCGAACCCUCCCAAGCUCGCGCACUCCAAUUCCAAACGCCAGCGUCCGAAACCCGACAACAAGCCCCCCAAUCUGCCAGUCCCCAUGUCCAAGGCCAUGGCCGCCGCCGCCCCAGCCCGCUCGACCAAGCCGCUUGCAGGCCCUGCAAGAAUGCAGAGCCUCGGCCUGUCGGGCGAGCUCGACAGCAUGAUCCACGACCACCAGCGCAGCAAGGGGAGCAGCGCCCUCGUCCGCGCGUCUUCGGGAAAUGUGAUGCUGUACGGGAACCUCGGGAACAUCCGCGCGCCCGGUGCCGUCACCCCGAACUGCAAUGUGCUCGAUUACCUGCCCAGGACUUCCGGGGAGAGGGCUUUUAACGGCGACGGAGGGAAGCCAGGCAACAAGCCCAGCCGUUUUGCAGGGACCGCCAUUGAACCGGGGGCGGCAGCAGCAGAAGCCGCCCCGGCCCCUGAGGUGCUGUGCCGAGCUCUGUCGAGGAGAUUGGAUCCGGAGGAGCUGAAGGAGAUGGGCAAUGAGGAGUACAAGGAAGGGAGAUAUGCCGAGGCGGUGGCGCUGUAUGAUCGGGCGAUACUGAUGGAUCCGGACAAAGCGUCCUACUGGAGCAACAAGGCUGCCGCCCUCAUGGGCAUGGGCCAGCUACUUGAGGCCGUCGGCGAGUGCAAGGAAGCGGUCAGGAUAGAUCCUUCUUAUGCCAGGGCACAUCUCCGUCUGGGUACUCUUUACCUCAGAUUGGGAGUAGCUGAGAAAGCAAUUCAUCACUACAAGCUAGCACGAAAAGAAGCCAGCUCAAAUGACAUUGCGCGAGCACAGGCUCUCCAAACCCAUCUCUCCAAAUGCAAUGAAGCGCGGAAGCUGAGGGACUGGCAGACGGUGCUAAAAGAAAUACAAUCUGCCGUCUCUGCUGGUGCUGAUUCUGCUCCACAGGUUAUUGCUUCCAAAGCAGAGGCCCUCCUAGCGCUCCAAAGACAUGAUGAGGCGAUCACAACAUUAAUAGAUGCACCCAAAUUUGACUGUGAUGCCUCCACAAAGUUUUUCGGCGCUUCUAGUAAUGCGUAUGUGCUUGCAGUCCAAGCACAGGUCGACAUGGCAGCUGGAAGGUUUGAGGAUGCGGUUGCGGUGUCUCAAAGGGCUGCUCGACUUGACACAAGCAGCAGGGAGGUAAGUUCUGUGGCGCGGAAGGCUCGAGCUGUGGCGUCAGCUCGAUCGAGAGGUAAUGAUCUCUUCAAGGCAUCCAAGUUUAAGGAGGCUUGCGUGGCAUAUGGUGAAGGCUUUGACCAUGACCCCAACAAUGCCAUUUUAUUUUGCAAUCGAGCCGCAUGCCGAUCGAAGCUUGGCCAAUGGGAGAAGGCAAUUGAAGAUUGUAAUGCUGCUUUAAUCAUGCGCCCUUCCUACACCAAAGCUCGUCUAAGGAGAGCUGCCUGCAAUGCAAAGUUGGAGCACUGGGAAGCAUCCAUACAAGAUUAUGAAGCAUUACUUCGUGAAAUGCCGGGAGAUGAGGAGGUCAGCAAGGCCCUGGUUGAGGCUCAGCUCCAACUUAAGAAGCAGCAAGGAGAUGACAUCAAGGAUCCGAAACAUGGAGAUAAUUUGGUCCAAAUCACCACGAUAGAUCAAUUCAGACAGUACACUACAUCACCUGGGCUGUCCGUGGCACUGCUAUUCAACCAAUCAGAUGAAGCUUCCAAACGGACAAUAGUUUUCCUGGAGCAAUGCUGCAAGCAAUAUCCUAUUGUGAAUUUCCUUAAGGUUGAUCUGGAUGAAAACCCCUACUUAGAGGAGUACGAGAGCUGCGUGCCAGUAUUACAGAUAUACAAGAAUGGUUCCCACGUGAAAGAUAUCCGCGGGUCUGACCAUGAUCAACUAGAGAACUCCCUCAAAGUUUUUAACAGUUGAAAAAUACAGGGAAAAGAAGAGCAAAGGAAAGGCCAAAUGAGAUGUCCGUUGAAACCAUUCAAGGUAAAAGGUGAAAGCACCAGGGCUGGAUCAGAGGCCAUGCACAGCCAUAUGGUGGCAACUUAUCAUCAUCUCCUGCAGUCACUUCACCAUGCAUGAAGAACAGAAUCAAAGUGGACUAAAUAGAACGAGAAAUAAAGCGACUUGUACUCAUUGUCAUCGUAGAGCUUGUCAUGUAAACAUGAAUAUGCUUCGCAGGACCUAGAGAAAUAUUACGUAUUGGGUAAUGCUACGGUGCUUCUGUGCGCAAACUGCUCCAUGACAA